GUCAGCGUCGCUCCUGCCGUGAUUUCUCUUAGUCGUGGCUGACAGUCUUGUUAAUCACCGAAAUGGACUGAAACGACAAGUUUUCACAUGGCAGGGCGGUGGAAGAACAAUUCAUCCGACGGUUACACGAGUGGAAUAAACCCGUGUGCUCGGUUUCAACAGAACAGAGAAAGAGGAGUGACGGUGAGCAGUGACCAUGGCUGCACUAUUCCACUCUCUCCUUACCACGGCUGGCCAGCUGCCAUGGCUGCUUCUGACCCUGUUUACAUGCUGGACAGUCCUGUGUUCUGCAGAUACAAAGCAGACAAGAUGGCCAUUAUAUUCCCAGAAGCCAGUUCUUCUCGCCUGGAAUGCCCCGACACAGGAGUGCGCACCACGACAUGGUGUAGCUUUAUCUCUGGACCAGUUUGACAUUGUGGCGUCCCCCAAUGAGGGCUUUGUCCGGCAGAAUCUCACUAUUUUCUACAAGGAGCGCCUUGGGUUGUAUCCGUAUUAUGAGCGUGGUGGCACUGCAGUGAAUGGAGGUCUUCCACAGCUCGCCAGCCUCAACCAGCACUAUGAAAAGAUGCCUGAAGGGCUGCAGAAAUACAUAAGAGAGCCAGGGGCUAAAGGCUUGGCUGUUAUUGACUGGGAGGAGUGGCGUCCAUUGUGGAUCAGAAAUUGGUACACAAAAGAUAUCUAUAGAAAUAAAUCUCGUGAAAUGGUGGCCAAGAAGAACCCAAAGUGGACCCCAGAACGAGUGGGAAAAGUUGCACAACAAGAGUUUGAGCUAUCGGCUCAAAAAUUCAUGCUGGAAACUCUGAGACUCGCCAAAAGCCUGAGGCCCAAUCAGCUGUGGGGCUUCUACCUUUUUCCAGACUGCUACAACCACGACUACAGGGGUGGUCUGAAAAACUACACUGGCCGCUGUCCUACUGUGGAAAUGGCCCGCAACGAUCAGCUCAACUGGCUGUGGAUGGAGUGUACAGCGUUUUUUCCGUCCAUCUACAUGGGUUCUGUGCUGCGCUCUACAAAGUAUGGACGCCUCUUUGUCCGAAACAGGGUGAAGGAGGCGAUGCGCCUGGCCUCCGUUGGGGAUGGAUUAGCACGUCCUGUUUUUGUUUAUACCAGACCCACGUACAUCAGUCAGAUGGCCCUCCUCACUGAGACAGAUUUGGUCUCCACCAUCGGGGAGAGUGUUGCACUUGGAGCUGCAGGUGUGAUCUUCUGGGGUGACACCUCCUAUGCAGACAGCAGCGCCAGCUGCUCCACCGUAAAUGAAUAUCUUCUGGGACCGCUGGGCAGGUACCUGCUGAAUGUAUCUACAGCAGCAGAGCAGUGCAGCCAGGCGCUGUGUAAAUCCCACGGCCGCUGUCUUCGCCGAGCACCAGACAGUGAUGUGUACCUGCAUCUCAGCCCCUCAACACACAGGAUAACUACUCAAAGUGGCCAGCUGAAGGUUACAGGAGCCCCCGGCCAAGCUGAGCUGGCUGUUUUCCGCACUCACUUCCAGUGCCAGUGCUACAGUGGGUACAGGGGUGAUGGCUGUGCUCAAAAAGAAAAAGGGCAGAAUAGAGCCUCCUCUGUCUUUGGGACCUGGCCUCUUUGCCUUUUACUCCCACUCGGACUUCUCACUCUGCUACACUGAGGAAUCUGAGAAGCCCAAGACUAUUUACUGCAUCUGGCAGCCCUGCAAAGGACCGUUCAGACUUUCUCACACAAAAGCGGUAAGUUGUCGUACAACAGUGAUAGUUUGACAGCAGCUGCUAGUCGGUCCUGGAUUCAGAGAUGUCCUAGUUUUUAUCCCAGCACACAGAGACCUCGAGCAACAAUAUUUGUUUAUAACAAACCACAGUGUGAGAUCUACAACCUCAGGACCGCCUCCUGGAAAUAAUGUCUGUUCACUAAUAUUUCAACCAGUCAAUAACUUUAAUCACAUUAUGUAAAAGUGUCUCUUAAAGGCUUCUGCCGUGCUCCGUGCUGACCCUGACCUCCAGAUGAGGAGAUACUGAAUCCAACAGGACUGCAAUGUAAUUGUGGGACCUUCUGCACAGAGAAAAUGUUUUAUUUAUAUAAACGAUGGAACAAAAAGUGGAUGGAAGGUACAUUUGAUGCCCAGCUGCAUACAGGUUGUUGGUGCAUCUGCAUCUUGUUCAUAUGGAUGUCCAAAUGUAGCGCUAUAGGUAGUUUGUGUUUGUUUUAGAAUCAGGUUAUAUCGCCUUAUAAAUUCAAUGUAAACACUACAUAAUGCCAGAAGUUUCUAAAUGAUGAUAAAUGCAGUCUGAUUAUCUUCCGCUUGUAGAAACGACGUGGCUGGACCUGCCUGUUUCAAUUCAAAGUUGUGCCUUAACGGGGCUACAAAGUGCUCUUUUUCUACUGUUGCUUUUGUUUACAGAUUUGAUUUUUGUUUCAGCAGUGUUCAUCUCAGUGCUUUAUACUAAUAUUACCUCCAUAAGGCCUACCAGUUUUUUAUUAAUAAAGAAAAUGUUACAAAAGUGAAGCCAGGACAGUAAAACCAACAGAAAAGAUGUUUGAUGCUGAUGGGAUCCAUCGUUUUACAUGCGUCAAAAUGUUCAAUUUUAGCAUACAGGAAAUGUAACUUUUACAUUUUUUGAUUUUAAAUUUCUUGAUAACACACAUCGUCGCAAUCUAACAUUUUAAAUGAACAAAUAUGCCAUUAAACUGGUCAUAGCUGCUUGUUCCAGAUAUGUUGGAAAUUUUAAUACAGAAAUGCCAAAGUUGUGUUUAUUUAUUAGCUCUAAGACUUUAUAAUCUGUACAUCUUGGCUUCAUGAAUAACCAAAUGUAAGGGAACCUCCUUUUGAAUACAUUGGGGCUUAUGUUAAAAACAUGAAAACUGAAAAUUAAAUAUGUCAGCCUCAGAAAUCCAGUAUUGGUUUGACUCUCUACAGAA